AUGAGCAAACGAGCCGCUGAAGACAAGCAGACGCCCACCAAGGCGACCAAGACGUCCGAAUCCGCCGACGCAGCCUCCACCGCGACCUCUGGCACUCCCCAGGAGCUGUCUGAGAUGGAGCAACUGGAGCUCAAGUACGGAGGCAUGGAGGAUCGAUAUGACGAUGACGGAGAGUCUGAGGAGGAAAUCUUUGAGGCUGGGGACGAAAAUGAUGAGGAAAUGGAUGAUGUGACGGAGGAGGAGGCCAAAACCCGGGCCAUGGAGGCUAUUGCCAAAGACAAUGCUGUCAAGACGGCAAAGUCUGUGUUUGUGCCACAAUUGCAUGAGCUGACUCCCGACAUGGUGAUGGAGCCGGACAUGUCUGUUUACGAGAUGAUUCACAGCUGCCGGCUCAAGUGGCCCUGUUUGUCGUUUGACAUUCUGCCCGAUUCUCUGGGUUCCGACAGAUCCACCUACCCUCACACUACCUACCUGGCCUGCGGUACUCAGGCCCAGAAGCCCAAGGAUAACGAGAUUUUGGUUCUCAAGAUUUCGCAGCUCGGCAAGACGCAGUUUAACGAGGAUGACGACGAGUCUGAGGAUGAGGAAGACGAUUCCGACCCCGUCAUGAUCAGCAAACACAUUCCUACCAACUCGACUGUUAACCGAGUCCGAACUUCUCCUUUUGGAAACAAGACGGGCGAGUACCUUACUGCAUCCAUGAUGGAGUCGUCCGAGUGCCACAUCUGGGACCUGUCUCCUCAGAUCAAGUCGUUUGACGUGCCUGGAUCCACAAUCUCCAAGCAGCAGCUCAAGCCUCUCUACACCAUCAAGCAGCACAAGACCGAAGGCUACGCGGUUGACUGGAGCCCCCUUGUUACUGGUGGCGAACUUCUGACGGGAGAUUGUGACGGAAACAUCUACCAGACCUCUCGAGGCCAGUCAGGAUUCACCACUUCCGAGAACCCCUACUCUGUGGGCUCUUCCGUGGAAGACCUGCAGUGGUCGACUUCGGAAAAGACAGUUUUCGCCUCUGGAGGCGUUGACGGACUCAUUCGAAUCUGGGACACUCGACAGAAGCAGAACAAGGCCGCUCUGGAGGUCCGAGCUACCAACACGGACAUUAACGUCAUGUCUUGGAACCACAAGGUGAGCUAUCUGCUCGCGUCUGGACACGAUGAUGGUACCUGGGGAGUUUGGGAUCUGCGUUCGUUCCAGAAGCCCAACCCCAAGCCAGUGGCUGCUUUUGAUUUCCACAAGAAGCCCGUCACCUCCAUCGAGUUCCAUCCUACCGAGGACUCUGUGGUUGCUGUGGCUUCUGAGGAUUCUACUGUUACUCUGUGGGAUCUGGCUGUGGAGGCUGAUGAUGACGAGGUCAAGCAGCAGCUCAAGGACAACGGCGAUAUCGCCCAGAUUCCUCCCCAGCUGCUGUUUGUGCACUGGCAGGCCAACCCCAAGGAGGUGCGAUGGAACAAGCAGAUCCCCGGCCAGCUGGUUUCCACCGGCUCCGAUGGCCUGAACCUGUGGAAGUCCAUUUCGGUCUAG